AUGGAGGAUGUGGUUGAGAAUGGGGAGGGGGUGGAUUUAGUGGGAGUGGUGGGAGGGGGUUGGGUGGGUGUGGUUGUGGGUGGGGGUGAAGGGGGGGUGUGUGGGUGGGGUUAUGUGGGUGAUUGGUGGGUGGGUGGGUGUGUGGGGUUGUUGGUUGGGGUUGAUUUGAGUAUGUGGGGAGGGGGGGGUUUUUGGGGGGUGGGAGUUUGUGGGUGGGUGGUUUGGGGGUGUGGGGGGGUGGGUGGGGUUAGUGAUUUGUGUUUGGUUAGGUUGUGUUUGGGGGAUGGGUGGUUGGGGGUAGUUUGUGGGGUGUUGUGUUGUGGUGGGUGUGGUUGUAUGUGUGUUUUGGGGUGUGGGUUGAUGUUUGUGGGUGGGUGUUUGGGUGGUGGUGGGUGUUGGUUGUGGGUGGGUGGUUGGGGUUGGUGGGUUGGGUGUUUGGUGGGGUGGUGUGGGUUUGUGGUGGGGGUGUUGGGGUGGUGGGGUGGGGGUUGUGGGGGUGUGGUGGGUGGGGUGGUUGUGGUGUGUGGUUGUGGGUGUGGGUUGUGGGUGGGUGUUGGGUGUGUUGGGGUGUGGUGGUGGGUGUUGUGGUUUGUGGGUGGUUGUGGGUUGGGGUGGGUGUGGUGGGGUUGUGUUGGGGGGUGGGGGUUGGGUGUGUUGUGUGGGUGGGUGUUGUGGGGUGGGGGUGUGGGUUGUGGGGGGUGGGGGGUGUGUGGGUGUUGGUGGGGUUGUGGUGGGGUGGUUGGGGGUGGGUGGGGGUUGGUGUUGGGGUUGGGUGGUGGUGGUGGGGUGUGGGGUGUGGUGGGUGUGUUGUUGGGGUUUGGUGGGGGUUGGUGGGGUUGUUGGUGUGGGUGUGGGGGGUGUUGGUGGGGUGGGUGGGUGUUGGUGUUGGGUGGGUUGGGGGGUGGUGGGGUUGUGGUGGGGUGUGGUGGGGGGUGUUGGGUGGGUGGUUUGUUGUGGUUGUGGGUGUGGUGGGUUGGGUGUGGUUGGUGGGGUGUGGGGUGUGUGGUUGGGUGGGGGGUUGUUGUGGUGGUGUGGGGGUUGGUUGGUGGGUGGGUGUUGGGUUGGUGGUGGGUGGGUGGGUUGUGGGGUGGGUGGUUGUGGGUGUGGGGGGGUUGGUGGGUGGGGUGUUGGUUUGUGUGGGGGUGUGGGUGGGGUUGGUGUGUGGUGUUGGGGGUGGGGUGGGGGGGGUGUUGGUGUGGGGGGUGGUGGGGGGGUGGGGGGGUGGGGGUGUGGUGGGUGUUGGGUGGUGUGGUGGUUGUGGGUGGGUGUGGUUGGUGUGUUGGGUGGGUGGGGGGUGGUGGGGGUGUGGUUGGGUUGUGGUGGGGUUUGGGUUGGGGGUGGGGUGGUGGGUGGUGGGUGUGGGUUGGGGGGUGGGGUGGGUGUUGUGGGUGGGGUGGUUGUUGGGGUGUGGUUGUGGGGUGGUGUGGGGUGGGGGGUGGUGGGGGGGGGUGUGGUGUGGGGUGUUGGUGGUUGUGGGGGGGUGGGGUGGUGUGGGGUUGGUGGUGGUGUGGGGUGGUUGUGGGGGUGUGGUGUGGGGUGGGUUGGGGUGUGGGGGUGGGUGGGGGUGUGUGGGGUGUGGGGGUGGGUGGGUGGUGGGUUGGGGGGUGGGGGUGGUUGGGGGUGGGUGGGUUGGGGUGGGUGGUGGUUGUGGUGGGGUGUGGGGGGGUGGGGGGGUUGGGGGUGGGUGGGGGGGGGUGGGUUGGGGGUGUGGGGUGUGGGGGGGUGGGUGGGGGUGGGGUGGUGGUUGGGGGUGGGGUGGUGUGGGUUGGGUGGGGGUGGUGGGGGGUUGUGGGGUGUUGGGGGGGUUGUGGUGUGUGUGGGGUUGGUGGGUGUGUGGGGUGGUGGGUGUGGGGUUGGGGUGGUUUUGGGGUGGGUGGGGGUGGGGUUGUGGGGGGUGGGGGGUGGGGGGGUGUGGUGUGUUGGGUGGGGGUUGUGGUGUGGGGUGUUGGGGGGGGGUGGUGGGGGGGUGUGGGUGGUUGGUGGUGUGUGGGUGGGGUUUGUGGUGGGGGGUGUGGGUGUGGUGGGGUGGUGUGGGGUGGUGGGUUGGGUGGUGUUGGGGUGGGGGGGGGUGUGGUUGGGGUUGUGGUGGGGUGUGGGUGUGGUGGUGGUUUGUGUGGGGUUGGGGUGGUGGGUUGGUGUGGGGGUGGGUGGUUGGGUUGGUGUGGGUGUGUUGUUGGGUGGGUGGGGGGGGGGUGUUGGGUGUUGGGUGGGGUUGGGGGGUGGGUUUGUUGUGUUGGGUUUGGGUGGUUGUGGUUGGUUGUGUGGGGGUGGUGGGUGUGGGGGGUGGUGGUGGGGUGGGGGGCUGUGAGAUGGGGGGGGGGAUGGGAAAGGGGGGGAGGGGAGGGGGGGGGAGGGGGGGGGGCGCGGGGAGGGGGGGGGGGGGGGGGGGGUGGAGGGGGGGGGGGGGGGGGGGGGGGGGGGGGGGGAGGGGGGGGGGGGGGGGUUGGCGGGGGGGGGGGGGGGGCGGACACAGGGAAGGUGUGGGGGGGGGGGGGGGAAUAG